AUUUUACGCUCCAUUUCGAAGCCUUUUUAAAUCCCACUUCCUCGCUUAGAGGGCGAGAGCGAGAACACGAAGAGGGUCCUCAUGGCGAAAAUCGAUGCCUCCCCCAACUCCACCGUCUCCAUCGGAAAUUGCAAGGUCGAGAUCCUUGGAGAUUGUGUCAUCUGUCAGUCGAAUGAGAAAAGUCUCACCGUUUCCGUGUCCAAUGACGCAAAAAUUAGGGUUUCAGUUGAGGAAUCUGGCAGGUACAAUACAAGGAAUUCAAAAAGAAAUCUCAAAUCCCUAGGUGAAGAGUGUUCAGCAAUGGUUAACUAUUCGUUCUUCAUCAUCAAUCCAAAAGAUGUGGAUAACCAAAUUAAAUCCCUUCUGCAGGAAGUAUUGAAGCUCUACAUGCAAGAACUACCUACAAUGAAUUAUGCAGCGAAUACCGGAAAAAACUCACGAUUUCUUGAAAGAUCCAUAACAAAUGGAAAAUACACGACUUUGAUUUUGAGAUCUAAUUCCACUAAAGGAUUUGGAGAGGUCAUAGCUGCUGUAUCAUAUCAAAUAAUUCCUGCUGAUGCACAGCAUGCUGAAAUACCUCUUGCAGCUGUCAGUUCAAAGUACCAAAAGAAGGGUAUUGGUCAGUUAUUGUUCAAGGAACUAAGUGGUAGACUUCAAAGUGUGGGCGUUUCAACAAUAUUCUGCUGGGCAGAUAAGGUUUCUGAAGGAUUUUGGCUUAAACAAGGUUUUGUACCAAUUGGAGCGGUGGACAGUAAGGGCAAAGUUCGCAGGCUACCCAUAAAAGCUGAAAUUAGAAGGGCACUAUGCUUUCCUGGUGAUUCCACACUAAUGGUUGCUCAUCUUAAGAAGGAACUCUUGAAUUCACUCAACCCCUCGCAAACAGUUCAGCUGCCUUGUUCAAAGCCUCACGCGAAUUCAUCAGGUAUUCCUCCUUGUUCUUCUCCAUUUCCACAUCCUGAUCUUCAGAAUAAUGAAUACUGCGAAAGCAAAGAAGAACUAGAGGUGGUACAAAGCGGGUAUGAUCCCAACAGUAGGAAGUGUUCAUCUAGACAACGCCUAAAAAGGCAUUUCUGUGAAGCUUCUUCAUCUUCACUGAAGUCGAAAAGAGUCAGAGGUGGCCAUGAUAAUAUCGAUUGUUGCCAGGUUUCGAUCACAGAUCUUGUUUGUGACAGUUUCUCAAGGAGAAAUGCUAAGGGCACCCAUUCUGUCCACACAACUCCCGAUUAUUUGGGAGCUCAUGCUGAAGGAAACAGAACAGGUAACAUUAUUGAUCACCUGUUUUCAAAAGGACGUUGCCCCAAGAUCAUGUUCAUGAAUAUUGCUGAUGAUGCCAAGAAAUCAAGCCUUACAAAGAUAGUUGAAAAACUUGGUGGCUCUGUUAGUUCUGAAGGAAGUGCAAGCACACAUGUUAUUACAGGAAAAGCAAGGAGGACAAUGAAUUUUUGUGUAGCUUUGUGCUCUGGAGCUUGGAUCGUUUCUCCAAAUUGGCUGAAAGAAAGCUUUAAGGAAGGCAGGUUUGUAGAGGAAUCAGAAUACAUAUUGAAGGAUGAGGAAUAUCUGACAAAGUACAAGUGUGAACUGGGAGAUGCAGUUGCUAGGGCUAAAGCAAACCCCUGUUCACUAUUUAUGGGAUGUAGUAUCUGCCUUUCUAAGCAUAUCCAGCCCUCUUUUGAUGACCUCUCAAUCAUUAUCAAGUCUGCUGGUGGCAACGUUAUUCGUAGGCUAGCCGACUCACAGGAUCCAUGGAAGACUAUCUUCGUGGCAUGCGAGGAAGAUAUGGCAGAUGCUUUGGCCGCUGCCAGAAACGGUGCUUGGAUUUUCAACAGCGAGUGGCUAAUUAGCUGUGUCAUGAAGCAGGAGCUUGAUCUAGAAGCACCUCAGUUUGCCGAGUCCCUCUAGGCUCAACAUUCACAAAAAAAAUUUAUCUUGGUGGUCUUCGGUGGUCUACUAAUAUUCUGAAAAAAAUAAAAAAUAUAAAUAAAUAACUAACUAAAAU